ACUGAAGCAAGAUUGUAAGAGAAAGAGGCGGGGCAAGAAAAUUUUAUUUACACAGAAAUGAAACUUCUGGUUCUGCAGAAACCUUUAAAGGCUGAACUGCUCAGUGAGUAUCAGUAUUUGAAAAGCAAGACUACAGACAACAUCCACAUCCAAAAGAUGGCCACUUCCAGCAGUUUCUCUGAGGACCUAUUUCUCUGCUCCAUUUGUCUGGAGCUUUUCCAAGACCCUGUGAGCACUCCAUGUGGACACAACUUCUGCAAGGCCUGCAUCACCAAGUACUGGAAGGACAAACAGCACUGUGAGUGUCCGCUGUGCAAAGAGAAGUUCCAUAAAGUGCCCAAGCUUCGGGUGAACACAACUUUUAGAGACGUCAUGGAAAGUUUUAAGAAACAUCAUAAGGAAGUAGCUGAAGUUUUAGUCCAGCCAGGUGAGGUGCCAUGUGACUAUUGCCAGGAAAACAAAAUCAAAGCAUCAAAGACCUGUUUGUCUUGUUUGGUGUCUUAUUGUGACACACACCUGCAGCCUCAUUACAGAGUUAAUUCCUUGAAGACACACAAACUGUCCGAUCCUGUGCAGAACCUGGAGGACAAAAUAUGCAACAAGCACAACAAGAUUUUUGAGCUCUUCUGCAGGAAGGAACAAAUAUGCAUUUGUGUUAUGUGCACAGAGCAUAACGGGCAUGAUACGGCCCCCCUACAGCAAGUGUAUGAGGAAAAAAAGGCUGAGCUGGAAGUGAAAAAGAAAAAAGUUGACAGGAUCAUUUGGGCAAAACAAAAGAUGGUUCAGAAACUGAAAAAAAGAGCAAAGAGGGAAGACAGUGAAAAACACUGGAAUCAGCCACACAAUGUGUCUAAAGAAAACGGGAGAGGAGAAAGAAGACCUGACAUGAUAAUCAAAGAGUUGGAGGAAGAAAUCACCAAGUUUCAGACAAGCAGAGCAGAGCUGGAUGGUCUCUCACAAAUUGAAGACCACCUCCAACUCAUCCAGAGAUUUGUCUCUUUAUUAUCCAACUCAGAACCCAUCAUUGAUGGUUCUUCUGACGUCCGUGUCCGCAAACCCCUUCAUGUGAACAACAUGGAAGAGAAUGGAAACGAGCUCAGGACAUGUCAUAGUAAAAUCCAAGAAGAAGAAACUGAUCUCUUACUGACACCAACAGACAAAAUUGCAUGUCAGCAGAUCGCCAAGUACAUCAUGUUGAUGAAAUUUCUCCAGUAUCAUGCAGUGGACAUAACUUUUGACCCCCAAACUGCAAAUGAUCAACUCUUAUUUUCACAAGAUUUGAAGCAGGUGAAAACUGCUUAUAUUUGGCUUCUCCCCGGUGGCCCACAUCGAUUUGACAGAUACACGUAUGUGCUGGGAAACACGGGCUUUUGUGCAGGAAAAUUCUACUUUGAGGUUCAGGUUACAGGGAAGAGCGGUUGGGAUUUAGGACUAAUCAGAGAGUCCAUGAAGAAGACAAAGAAAAUUACACCAAACCCUGAAACUGGAAUCUGGAUCAUAAGGUUGAGGAAGAACUCCAAAUGUAACAGUCCCAGCCGACUCACAGCCAUGAAGAAACCUGAGAGGGUCAGGGUGUUUACAGAUUAUGAAAAUGGACUGGUGGAGUUCUAUGAUGCAGAUGAUCUCACUUUGAUUCAUUCUUUCACCAACUGUGAAUUCAAAGACACAAUCUUCCCGUUCUUCAGCCCCGGUCCUACUGAAUGUGGCAGAAACUGUGCACCUCUGGUCCUCCCAUAUCUCAGACAUUCUCAACUCUGGACAGAUACAACAAAGAUAUCCAUGUCUGAGUGUUUAAUUAUUAUUAUUGUUUUUGUCUUUUUUGUGUUGGUCUUUGUUUUUGUGAGCUGGUUUCAGAACCAAAUUCAAGUGAAGUCGUUACCAGCCAAUGUUUGAUUUUAAUUGGACUAGGUUGGGAUAUUCUUUAAACGAAGCUAAUAUUACAACUUUCCAGAGGAGUAACAUGAGUAAUCUUGGUUUAAACCUAACUUGAUAUUCUCUAAAGGGCACUGGAAAUUUCAUAUACAUUAUAAGAUGGGUAGGCCAUGGUUAAAGAAAGAGCUGAUUAUAUUCUGGUGUGGAUAAAGGGGUGUUUAUUGCCUUUGAUCUUUUAUUUUAGUUCUUUUUAUUUUGAUUCAUUUUAUCCUUGUCCUGCCAUGAAUCUUUGAUGUGAUCAUCCUGACUGUAGUAAUGCUUGUUUCAGUACUGGAUCCUAUUGUCAUCCCCAUUACCAUCACAAUCAAAGAUAAAACACUAGAAGCACUCAGAGAGUGCAAACCUCCGCCAAGGUCAUGGGGUCAAUGACGCCAUAACAUCUACAUGCCGUGGAAUCACUGAACCUAAAAAAGUCUAACAAUGAUGUUUGCUCAGUAGUAAA